AUGGCUGUAGUAGUGGAAGAUAGUCCAGUUGUUCUACCAAAAGAAGAAGACCUUAAUCGAAAUGUUCAUCAAAAUUAUAUCCUCUCAUCUCAAUAUGAAUCACUUGAUAGUGAUGAUUUAUAUACGAAAUAUAAGAAACUUCAACGUCAACUUGAAUUUUACGAAGUACAAGAAGAAUAUGUUAAAACAGAAUUAAAAAAUUUAAAAAAAGAAAUGUUACAUGCACAAGAAGAAAUAAAACGUAUUCAAAGUGUUCCACUUGUUAUUGGACAAUUUCUUGAAGCAGUUGAUCAAAACACUGGUAUUGUUGGAUCGACCACUGGCUCAAAUUAUUAUGUUCGAAUUUUAUCCACUAUCGAUCGUGAACUUUUAAAAGCUGGGGCUAGUGUUGCUUUGCAUAAACAUUCAAAUGCACUUGUUGACAUUCUACCACCAGAAUCCGACAGCAGUAUAUCAAUGUUACAAGCUGAUGAAAAACCAGAUGUUGAUUAUUCGGAUAUUGGUGGAUUAGAUUUACAAAAACAAGAAAUUCGUGAAGCCGUUGAAUUACCAUUAACACAUUUUGAAUUGUAUAAAUUAAUUGGUAUUGAUCCACCACGCGGCGUACUUAUGUUUGGUCCUCCAGGCUGUGGAAAGACAAUGUUGGCUAAAGCUGUUGCUCGGCAUACGACUGCUUCAUUUAUUCGUGUAGUUGGUUCUGAAUUUGUUCAAAAAUAUCUUGGCGAAGGUCCUCGAAUGGUUCGAGAUGUGUUUCGUCUUGCUAAAGAAAAUUCUCCUGCUAUAAUUUUUAUCGAUGAAAUCGAUGCCAUUGCUACAAAACGUUUUGAUGCUCAAACAGGAGCUGAUCGUGAAGUACAACGUAUCUUACUUGAAUUACUCAAUCAAAUGGAUGGUUUCGAUCAAAGCAUUAACGUUAAAGUUAUCAUGGCAACAAAUCGUGCUGAUACACUUGAUCCAGCUCUUAUUCGUCCUGGUCGUCUAGAUCGUAAAAUUGAAUUUCCUUUACCUGAUCGACGACAAAAGCGUUUAAUUUUUUCAACUGUAACAAGUAAAAUGAAUUUAAGUGAUGAAGUUGAUUUAGAAGAUUAUGUUGCACGUCCUGAUCAUAUAUCCGGUGCUGAUAUUAAUUCAAUUUGUCAAGAAGCUGGUAUGCAAGCUGUACGCGAAAAUCGUUAUAUUGUUUUGGCAAAAGAUUUUGAAAAAGCUUAUAAAAAUGUUGUUAAAAAAAAUGAACAAGAUUUUGAAUUUUAUAAAACACUGUACAUGAAAACAAUGUCGAAAAAUACUGGUAAUAAUCGAAUUAGUGCAUUAAAACGUCUUAGCAAACCAUCUCCAAUAAAUAAUGGCAAUCGUCGUCAAUUAAUUGGAACAAAAAAUUCAUCAGCACCAGAUGCACGAGAAUUAUUAACAAAUCGAAAGAAAUCAUCAUUUGAUGCUAGACAAUUAUUAAGUCGACAAUCAUCAAAUACAUCAACCAAUACAAUUGUACGAAAGAAUCUUUUACAAAAUAAAGAAGAAAUUGGUAAUAAUAAUGGAAAAAUGGUUGUUGUUACUGGACUUAAAGAUAUGGAAAUGAAAGAUGGACGACUCAUUUCAGCGGCAACCACCGGUAGUAUUCAAGUUGAAAAAAAGAAAAAAAUUUUUGCUGUUGGACCAUCUACAUUUGUUACUAUUCGUAAUAAUAGUAAUUCUAAUAACAGCUCGAGUCAAUCAGCUGAAAAAUUUUCUUUAACUAAAACGAUUAAAAAUCCAUCAGUCCGUGUUGAAGAUGAUAAUCGUGCUUCUCAAACUCUAAAUACUCUUUCAUCUUUAUCUGAUCAAAAAGUUGUUAUAAGUUUUGUUAAUGAUCAAUAUCAGAAAAAUCCUAAGCCAUCACAACCCACAACAACAAUGAGUUCAUCAUCAUUAUCAUCCAUUCAGCAGCAUCAUCCACCUCCGACGAUCAAACGUUUGCAUGAUGCUUCUAUCCAAACAACAUCAGCAUCCUCAUCUCGAUCACCUAUUCGGAUGAGUUCUCAUCGUCGUCAUGCUAGUACUACAAUAGAUGAUGAGGAUCGUAUAAGUCAUCAAACAAUUCAUGAUGAUCUUUAUGAACCUUCAGUAAAACGCACUACUUCGUCUACACGAAAAACAACAACAACAACAACAACAGAUAAAGAACAACAGGGUCUAUCUACUGUAGUACCUACAGGUUCUGUUAAACGAACAUCAACAGGUGUACCAGUUAAUUCAAGAAUAACAUCUAAUACCUCAACAUCAAAACCAAUAUCAACGACACAAUCUACUUCAAUACCAGGAACAAUAUUAGUCACUAAUCUUCAACCAUCUGUUACAGAAGAAGAUGUUAUUGAAUUAUUUAGUGAAAUUGGUCGUAUUAAUGAAAUAACAACAUUAAGUCAAGGUUGUGUUCAAAUUGUCUAUGCUAAACGUGAACAUGCUGAACAAGCUGUUUCUAAAUAUCAUAAUCGUUUAUUAGAUGGACAAUUUAUGUACGUUAGUCUGCAACAAUCAUCAUCUUAUUCAGCAACACAAAAUCCAAAAAUAACAAACAAUACUCAACAACCAACAAAAGAGAAUGGAACAUCGAUUAAUUCUUCAUCAACUACUGAUCAACCAUUAAAAUUAAAUGCAACAAAUAAUUCUUCAAAUAAAAUUGUGAUUGAUCCAGCAUUUAUCCGUCAAGCACUGUUUCAUCCGUCGAAUAAUUCUUCAAAUCCUGUACAAUUUCAAGUUAAACUCUAA